UUCAGAGCAAAGAGUCACUCGACCCUGGAGACAAAAGACACCGGGUCAUUUAUGCUCCUCAACCAGAGGAUUGGAACGCAGAAAAAGGCCGUGUAGAAGCUCAGGGAUCGAAGCGGCGAGCGGCGGCUGUCACCCUACAAGCGCUGAUUAAGAUGGUUGCCACGGUGAGAGCGGUGGUCAGCGUGUCCCUCUGGCUGAUUGUGUCCCAGGUCCAAGGUGCCUACGUCCCCCCAAAGAUGAACAAGACCAUCCACAACCUCCUGCGGCACUAUAAGAUUUCACAGAGAGAGCUAUUUAACGGGAAGCCAGUGUUCUCCAAAGACCCACUGCCUGGUGAAAUGGGGGCAAAACAGGUGUUUGUGGGCGCCGUUCUGGAGACGUACGACCAGCUGCUUGGCCAGAUGCUGAAGCAGCUUCCCACGCCGGCUCCCAAGACGGACGAGAGCAACGCGCUUCCUGCCUCCGUUGCCCCCGGAGACAACGUCAGGACGGAGCUCACCUACAUCCUGAAGAAGGUCCAGGAGCUGAGGAAGCACCGCUACCAGGAGCAGGAGAAGCUUCUGCUGCAACUGAGGGCUCUCAAACACAUCCAGAUGGACAACCUUGUUGUCCAGAGCAAAGCAUUGUGGGAGCUGCCGCGGCUGUACGAGGAGGCGAGCUCGUUGGGCGACAUCGAGAGGAGGAGGAGGCGACGGCAAGCCAAGAGGCUCAAAACCCGUCAGAGAGCCUGAAGCAGCAGAUAUCAACCAGGACGUUUAAUGACUAAUUCAAAAUGGAUCAAAUAGUGAGGGACGUUAGGAAAACCAAAUAUAUAUUAAAUCUGAAGUUUCAAAUGUGUUCCUGUAUUAAGAGGUUUCUUAAGAACGUAUUUAUCACUAGGUAUAUAUUUAUUACAGUGACAAUAAGCCUAAUACUUGUUGUUGUUGUUGUUGUAGUUUGAAGCGCGUCGGUUUAAUCCUGUGAAAUAUUCAUGAAACCUAAUUAAUUGUUUUCAACUUAAUCAACAAAAUCAAUCAACUAUCACACAGAAGUACUUUCUCCUCAUGUUUUACUGAACAAACUUCUAAUAGAAUCAUGGUUUAUUUAAUUGUUAGUGGUACAAAGUACACAAGUACUAAAUACUAACAAGCUUGUACUGCGAGUGAAUGUUCAGGUGAAGUACUGAACUGAAGGUACCUGCUGUAGUAGAUCUACUACCCUCUGCAGGGAUAUCUGUAUCUUACUGACAGGUUUUCUAUAUUUAUUUUGUAUUUAAUGUAUCUAUUUAAUAAUCAUACUGCUGUAGUGUUGAUUAUUUAUUGAUUGUAUUUAUUGAUUGGCACAUGCAGACGGAUGCACACCGAAUAAAACUGAACGAACGUCA